AGGCCUCCUUGAGCUGUGGUGGGCUCCACCCAGUUCGAGCUUCCCGGCUGCUUUGUUUACCUAAUCAAGCCUAGGCAAUGGCGGGCGCCCGUCCCCCAGCCUCGCUGCCGCCUUGCAGUUUGAUCUCAGACUGCUGUGCUAGCAAUCAGCGAGACUCCGUUGGGGUAGGACCCUCCGAGCCAGGUGCCGGAUAUAAUCUCGUGGUGCGCCGUUUUUUUAAGCCGGUCCGAAAAGCGCAAUAUUCGGGUGGGAGUGACCCGAGUUUUCCAGGUGCGUCCGUCACCCCUUUCUUUGACUCGGAAAGGGAACUGCCUGACCCCUUGCGCUUCCCAGGUGAGGCAAUGCCUCGCCCUGCUUCGGCUCGCGCACGGUGCGCGCACCCACUGACCUGCGCCCACUGUCUGGCACUCCCUAGUGAGAUGAACCCGGUACCUCAGAUGGAAAUGCAGAAAUCAUCUGUCUUCUGCGUCGCUCACGCUGGGAGCUGUAGACCGGAGCUGUUCCUAUUCAGCCAUCUUGGCUCCUCCCCAAGAGUUCUGGAGUCUGAGAAGUCGAGGAUCGGGGUGCUGGCCUAUUCAGUUCCUGGUAAGGGCUGUCUUCCUGGCUUGCAGUUGAACUUCUUCUUGCUGUGUCUUCACAAGCCUGCCCUGCCCUCCCUCCUGUGCCUAUAAAGACUCCAGACUCGGUAAAGGGAAGAGAAGCAGCUUGACUGGACAGAGGUGACUUGACUUCAGAGGGAUGGCAGGACUUCGGAGGAGAGACAACUUGACUUUGGAGAGACUGCUUGACUUCAGGGAAGAGCUGACCUGAGACAGCUGAACUUUGGGGGAAGAUUACCUACCUGUCCUGUCCCCUCUCCAGCUCUCCUCUCCACUAGAGCCAUUUCCAUUGCUAAAUAAAAUUAUCCACUUCCACCAUC